GUGACACACCGACUCUCCCCGCAGCAGCAGAAGCAGCAGCACGGAGGAGCGACGAGCGAGGAGCCGCUGAUCUCCACGGGAGUCCUCUGACUGGCAUGGACACCGGAGGAGAGCGCUGACCAUCCAGGAACCAUGCCUACUGUCCUCGGUGGCAAAGGGAAACUUUCCGUUGUGUGUUACCUACUCCGAUGCGCUUACUCUCAGGUUACAAGAGGCCAACACAACAGCUGUGCCAAAGAUACUCUGGAGGACAUGACUCAGUCCUGGCCGUCCCAGCAAGCCUUAGGGGGUGACCAGGCUCAACAAAUCCUCUACAACUCUAAGGAAGCGAAGCUACCAAGUACACAACAAAGGCAAAGUCGGGGGGAUGUUCAGCUGCGAAUGACCCGUCACCCACAUGUGGCACCUCACAAAUCCAUGCUUGCUGAUGACCUGAAGCUGAGCAGCGAUGAUGAAGACAAUCAAAGAGCAACUCACGAGUCAGCUUCCUGGGAUCACGGACACAGCCUGUCAGCACAGCGAGCGCACACACAUGGCAGGCGGGUGAGACAUUCCAGCUCGGACUCUUCAGACUCAGACUGCUCUGCUGAGUCGGCCAGCAGCAGCCUUCACUCCCGGAGCCCCAGCCGGAGCCCAGACAUUUACCGAGAUCCCGCGUCGCCUGCCAACUCGCAGCAGCCGCUGUGCGACAAGGAGACCGAUCACCCGUCUGCUGCUCAGUGGCAGUUGGAUAAAUGGCUGAACAAAUCACAGAGAAAAUCUACCAGCAGUGAACCGGAUCCCACCCAACGAGCCCCGUCUCCAGCCAGGUCCUGGGACAGCAAUCAGGAAUAUAGCCCCAGCCAAAGCCCAAUUCCAAGCCCACAGUUCCAUUAUAGCCACAACAACAGUCCCCUACCCAGCCCUGGUUAUAGCUACUGCCCCAGCCCGAGCCCAUUCCCCAGCACCUGCCCAAGUCCCAGCCCUAGUCCGAGACACAGCCCGAUCCCCAGUCCAGUUCCAAGUGUUUGCCCCAGUCUGCAUGGGAGCCCGAGAGCCAGCCGUAGCCCUAGCCCCAUACCUAGAGAGCCUCCAAGAAGCCCCAGUCCCAGCCUUCCUGCUCCUUCAAGGGUUCGUCACUACCCUGAGUUUCAGAGCCAGAACCAAACACAGCCGAGUAUAACAAACAAUCACCACAGGGCAAAAAAUAGGCCAUGGACUGCCCCAUUGCCUAACGCUGACAGCAAGAGCAAGCCAACAAACAGUACUCAUCAGCACAAGUCCAAGACUCGACCCUCACAGAACCAAGACCAAAGCAAAUCCAAGCCUUCUCCUGCUGUGCUAAACCAGAGUCACAGCCACAAAUCUAGACCUAAGCCUAACUUUCAUCCAAGUACUAAACAAAUCGCUGAGGCUCCCAAAGCCAAACAGACGCCACAUAUUGAGCAAAUCCAAAGCAGCAGAUCCAACCACUCCAACUCAAACCACAAAACCAGGCCUUUGCAUCAAUCUGGCUCACAGCACAGCCCCACAAGGACAAAGCACUUGGUUCCAACUAGCCGUGAGACCAACCCUGGUCAUAGUUCUCAUUCCCAGACUACCUCUAAAUCUGCUACCAAUUCUAAUACUGGCUUGAACUCUAAACCUAGCCUAAAACCUAGGACCAAGACUUGGGAGGCUACAACCUCAACUCCUGUGCAUGUCAACCACACAAAAACUAUCCAGAAGAAACCCCAGCCCAAGGAGCAAGAGGUGGAACACAGAGGAGAUCAUCUGACCCAAGCAGAGAGGAGAAAGCCAGAGAGAAAAGAGGACAGACAUAGGGAAAGACAACAACAAGGGAAACAGGAGAGAAAGGAAGACAGGAGGCUGGCGGAGGAGCAGCUACUGAGGCGUCCCUGGAUCCAGAGUUCGGCAGAGGAAGAGGAGGAGGAGGAAGAGGAGGAGGAGGAGGGAGUGAUAGAGAGGCAGAGGAAGAGAGAGGAGACAGCAAGACGGGAAAACAGGAGGAGGGAGCAGCAACAUAGACGCGAAUGGCAAACAGUCCAGACCAAACAGAGACUGCCUACCAGCACCGAGCGACACCGCCUACCGGACAACUCACACCACCACCAAGGGAGGGCAAAAAAGUGUGGAAGAGGUGAGGAGGAGAGAGACCUACAGCAAGACCCUUCGCCCUCUCCGUCACGUUCCCCAACCCCCCAUAGUGUGUCCUCCUCAUCCUCUGCCUCCUCCUCUUCAAAUUCAGACUCAGAAUCUGAAUAUCAGGCUCCGAUCACCAAAGUCCCCGCAGACUCUACCUCUCACAGGAGGCUCCCAAAGAGAGGGCAACAAGGCCCAGGCACGACUGACGCCAGCAAGCCGAAGGUUGUGCACCCCAGAGGACCCACCUCGGGCAAUCCAGGUGAGGGGCAGCCAAGUGAGGGGAAGCAGAAGCUCUACACCCUAGUCCCAUUUGGGCGAGGCGAACAAGCUACAACAUCUUCCCAGCGGGGGCUUAGAAAUCUGGUGGUGCAGAUAGACCUCUGUCUUCUUAAAAGGGUCCCGGACAGCACUACAAGCUCCCCUGUUAAAAAGCCCUCCUCUUCCUCCUCCUCCUCAUCAGCUAAAGACAAGCCAGGGGAGGCUAUGAAACACUCAUACGUCCCUGAGACUGUUACGAAAGAUGGCAAAAGGAAACGCAAGCUGGAGAAUGGCGUGUCACAAAGAGAGAGCAAGAGGAGCAUUCCUCUCACGAAUGACCUCUCAGGCCGCACAGAUUCUUCAGCUCACACAGCUGAGCGCAACUUUGUGACUGAGACCACGCACAAUGGGUAUUUGGAGGAGUACUUGGACAGCAAGAGGCCAUUGUCUCCCGUGUCUCCACUGUCUGACAGCCCUGAGUCCACCAAGCCUCCCUCCAAAACAAAGACUAUGGAGCAGCAUCACAUCCACAAGAACCGAGACAAGAAUAGAGAUUCUGCGAUUAAGCCAAAGAUGGAGGUGGAAUGUGUAAAAGUGUCGAGACAACCCCAACCACCGUCCGAGACCUGGGGCCCGGCGGGACACAGGGGGGCCGUUCCAAACCAUGAAACUCCACACCAUGCAGAGUACUACUUACAUGAGGCUAAAAGGAUGAAGCACCGUGCAGAUGCAAUGGUGGACAAACUAGGGAAGGCUGUGAAUUACAUUGACGCCGCUCUCUCCUUCAUGGAAUGUGGGAAAGCGAUGGAGGAAGGGCCGCUAGAGGCAAAGUCUCCUUACACCAUGUACUCAGAGACGGUGGAGCUUAUUAGGUACGCGAUGAGGCUGAAGAACCACUCCGGCCCUGGGGCAAGACAGGAAGACAAACAGCUGGCGGUUUUGUGUUUCCGAUGCCUUGCCCUCCUUUACUGGCAAAUGUUUCGUUUAAAGAAGGACCACGCACUGAAAUACUCCAAAGUUCUGCUUGACUACUUCAAGAGUUCUCCCAAAUUGCCUUCUACACCUCCCUGCUGGAGUGACUCUGGGAAGGGUACAGGAGGACCCCCUUCUUCGCUCUCGCCCAACGCCAAACACCUCAGACAGGGUUCACACGGGGGCAGCAACCUACCCUCUCUCAUAAGCAUUCCCCAACGUAUCCACCAGAUGGCAGCCAAUCACCUGAACAUUACCAACAGUGUCUUGUAUAGUUAUGAGUACUGGGAGGUAGCUGACAACCUUGCAAAGGAGAACAAAGAGUUCUUCAACUACUUAAAUACCUUGUCUGGACCAUUGACUCUUCACAGUAGCAUAGCUCACGCAGUCCAAUACACCAGACAGGCUCUUCAGUGGAUACGCAUCAGUGCCAAACUUAACUAACAAGGAGAGGAUUUAGUUUUACCUGCCCACUGGGCCUCCAGGCCUGUCUUAAAAAGAGACAAAACUCUGGAACUCUAUGCAGCUGACAGGACAGCACCGAUACCUACAGUGCUGCGUGAAGUGGAGUUGGAUGAAAUCCCCUAGAGCCCGAUCAUCCUCAUAGGAUGUUGAAGUGCUUGCUAUCCGGGUCUUACUGUGUGAAAAGCCUCCCGAAGAAGCAACCUUGUAAUUCCUCACAGACGGACUACAUGCACCUUCUUCCACAUUGUUGGAUUAAUCCGAAGAGUUGUAUGGAUUUGAAAUGAUCUGUCAAAAGUCUAAUGCAAUGUCUCAGAAAAAGGACUCAACUGUAUGUGCGAAGCCUUUUUCAUACUUUGGACUGAAUCAUCAUACGACAGACUGUUUCUUUGGGUCCAAAAGAGGAGGAACUGCUUACAAAAGACCAACUGGUCAUAUACCACUUUCUCCAGAACAUUUGGCUGUGACAUUUUCUAAUGAAGGACUCUCCCUUUACAUUUUUUUUGAUAUUUUCAUUUGGAUGUGUUUUUACUGUGCAAUAUUUGAUGGAAUAUCUGUUUUUAGAAAAAAGAAAAGAAAAAAAACACAGGAGAAAAAAAUUGUUGGUGAGUCUAGUUGCCAACAUUCAAAGUCCCUUUUAUGCAAGAUGUAUUUUUGUCCCGGUUUUGAGUGUGGGAUUAUGUCAUUAAAUGAACAACGAAUUUCGAAGAGGUCA